AUGUCUGCACCUGAUAACGACGAAGUCAAUAACGUUGACAAGAUUCCCACUGAGCAAAAAGGAGCUUUUCACUCAUUCUUAAAAUCUUUGGCAUCCUUCUCUGGUGAUCUCUCCUCUUUAACUUGUCCAGCUUUUCUUUUAGCACCCGUAUCCUUGAUUGAAUAUUCUGAAUAUUGGACACAACAACCGGAGCUGUUCACCGCCAUUACGCAAUCAGAUGAUGAGGUGGAACGCAUGGUGUCUUUUGUGAGAUGGUUUAUAUCCUCUUUAAAUGCAUCAUAUUCCCGUCGUGUACCUAAAGGAGAAUGGGAAAAGAAGCCUUAUAAUCCCGUGUUAGGAGAACAAUAUAAAAUGGUUUGGGGUGACGUUGGAGGCACUGGUGAAACAGAUGUCAUUGUUGAACAGGUGUCUCAUCAUCCUCCCGUGACUGGAUUCCGUAUCGUGAAUGAAAAGUCUGGUUUGACCUUGAAUGGUCAUACUGGUCAAAAGACCCGUUUCUCUGGCACUUCUUUAAUCGUGGAUCAAGUCGGUCAAAGUUUAGUCACUUUGCAUCAACGUGAUAACGAGAAAUACAUGUACACAUGUCCCUCCAUUACCGUGAAUGGUAUUUGGUACGCAGCUCCCUAUGUUGAAUUGACUGGUACUUCUUAUAUUCAAUCAUCCACUGGUUUGUAUUGCUCAAUUGAAUACUCUUCUCGCGGUUGGAUCUCUGGAGAACGUAACCAUUUUAAAUGUUAUCUUCGUCGUAAUGGAGGUAGCUCUAAAGAAUAUAUCUACAAGAUGGAAGGACAAUGGAGCGGUAAAUCUACUAUUACACCUUACGGUUCCAAAACAUCUUCACCUUUCCUUGAUGUUACCUCUUUAACACCUGCUCCCAUGUUUGUCAAGGAUAUCCAAGAACAAGGUGAAUUAGAAAGUCGCAAGAUUUGGCAAAAAGUAUCCGAAGCCAUUAAAGCCAAUGAUACCAACUUGGCUGGACUUGAAAAAACAAAGCUUGAAAAUAAACAACGUGAAGAACGAACAGCUCGUCAAGAAGCUGGUCAAGAAUGGGAGCCUCAAUAUUUCCAAUGGGUUGAAGAUGAGCCUAAUGUUUCUACACUUCAACGUAUGUUAACUUCAACCGUUAAAUCCAAAUAUGCCCCUGCUACCACUGGUAACUGGGUGUUUAAAGGAUAA